AUGUUCACCAUCCUCACUACCAACAUUCCACCAUCACCAUCAUCACCAUCUCCACCACCACCACCAUCACGACCAUUAUUAUCAUGUUCACCAUUACCACCAUCACCAUUACCACCAUCAACGGUACCAUCACCACCAUCACUGUCAUUAUCAUUUCCUCUCCUCAUCACAGUUAACAUAAUUUAGCACUUGCUGUCUGUCAGGCAGGGGUCAUAUUCUAUGGAAGGUCGUCUCAUUGAUUGAGCACAGUGUGUGUGAAGUAUGAAGUACAUGCUCUUUCUUAGCCCCAUUUUGCAAAUGAGAAAACUGAGACUCGGUGGUACAGUCACCACCUUAGGGCCACUCUGAUAGUAAUGGUGGAUCUGGGAUUCAAACUCAAGUGUACUGAAUGCCACCUAAGUGUCUUAUGGCCGGUGCAUAACUACGGGUGAGGCAUUGAGAAAAUUACCCCACAGGCACACAGGCAGACCCUAAAGGAUUUCAAACUUCGAGACCAAAAUAGAAUGGCUACAUCAAGACAGGAGUACAGAAAAGAGAUGAAGCUGCCAAGAGAAACCCUUUGUGUUUACCAUUUUGUUUCCUCUUCCAGGGAAGUGUUUUAUUACUAUUAUUAUUUUCUUAUUACCAAAUAAUGUAUGAAAUUCAGAAUUACAGUUGACUAAGAAGAAAUUGAAAAAUCACUCAUAAUGCCGUUCUCCUGUUGUUGUUGUUGUUAGGUACCGUCGAGUCGGUUUCGACUCAUAGCGACCCUAUGCAGAACAGAACGAAACACUGCCUGGUCCUACGCCAUCCUUGCAAUCAUUGUUAUGCUUGAGCUCAUUGUUGCAGCCACUGUGUCAAUCCACCUUGUUGAGGGUCUUCCUCUUUUCCACUGACCCUGUACUCUGCCAAGCAUGAUGUCCUUCUCCAGGGACACAUCCCUCCUGAAAACAUGUCCAAAGUAUGUAAGAAGCAGUCUCACCGUCCUUGCCUCUAAGGAGCAUUGUGGCCGCACUUCUUCCAAGACAGGUUCUGGCCACCUGGAUCUCAGCACUAUGUCCAGCAGGUAUCUGCUCCUCAUCUCAGGUCUCAGCAUCCUGCUGGCACUAUCAGGAGGAGACGCUCCAAUUUCUUAUGUACAAGUGUGUGGAGUCGUGGGUCAGCCUGUCACCCUACCCUGCACGUACUCAGGAGUGCUCACGUCCAUGUGUUGGGGCCGAGGGACUUGUCCUGUUCAUAGGUGCACGGAAGGAAUUAUCUGGACUAAUGGAUCCCAUGUCACCUUUCAGAAGGACUACCGUUAUAAGCUAAAGGGACCCCUUUCGACAAGGAAUGUGUCUUUGACUAUAGAGAACGCAGUCAAGCCGGAUAGUGGCCUGUACUGUUGUUCUAUUCAGCACGGGGGUUGGUUUAACGAUCAGAAACACAUCAUAUCAUUGGAGAUUAAAGAGCACAAAGGUAUGACGACCCAGCCACCGGUGGAUGUUUGUAUGAGUGAGGAUGCAGCCCAGACUUGGAUACAGUUGAAAAAUACAUGGAAAAAUGGGACCAAAAAGGACAUUGCAAAAGUGGCUACCCAACUAAUUCAGGAGGUGGAAUUAAGUAUAUGGAAUCGGACUUCCGUUUCUCCAGGAAAGUAUGAGGAUCCUGUGCUUGAUAUAGUCUAUGAAACGAAGAGGUGCAAUAAGCCAAGCAAGGAAACAAUUUUGGAAGCUGGAAAUAACACAAUGGAUAUUGACUGUGCCCAUGCUUUCACAGAAACCACAACAGAUCAGGGUGCUGUUGCAUUGAUCACCUAUCGCGCUCUUGGGGAUAUUCUCAAUGAAACCUAUUUUAGUGACAGAAAAGGACUGCAAGAAGUGAAACUGAACUCUCGUGUUGUGAGUGGCACCAUUGGCUCGAAGGAAAAAAUUGCCCUGUCCAAACCUGUCCUCCUGACCUUUAAACAUACUCAGCCUGUUGGUGCGAGAAAAAAACAUUUCUGUGUCUACUGGGAAGGAUCGACGGAUGAGGGCAGCUGGUCAAUGAAGGGCUGCUCUCAUGUCAAAAGCAACGACUCUCACACCACAUGCCAGUGCUUCCAUCUGUCCAGCUUUGCUGUCCUCUUGGCUCUUACACCCAAGGACGAUCUGGCUUUGGCUGUGAUUACCUACGUGGGGCUGAGCCUCUCUCUGCUGUGCCUCCUCCUGGCAGCCCUCACCUUCCUCCUGUGCCGGCCCAUCCAGAACACCAGCACCUCGCUCCACCUGCAGCUAUCACUUUGCCUCUUCCUGGCCCACCUGCUCUUCCUCGUGGGGGUUGAUCAAACUGAGCCUAAGGUGCUGUGCUCUGUCAUUGCUGGGGCCCUGCACUACCUCUACCUGGCCUCCUUCACCUGGAUGCUUCUGGAAGGCCUGCACCUCUUCCUCACCAUCAGGAAUCUCAAGGUGGCCAACUACACCAGCGCAGGCAGAUUCAAGAAGAGGUUCAUGUACCCUUUUGGCUACGGGAUCCCAGCUGUGAUCGUGGCUGUGUCUGCAGGCAUUGGACACAAAAAUUAUGGAACAAAUACUCAUUGCUGGCUGAAACUUGAUAAAGGCUUCAUCUGGAGUUUCAUGGCACCGGUGGCCGUCAUUAUCUUGAUAAACUUGGUGUUCUACUUCAUAGUUCUGUGGAUUUUGAAAAGCAAACUUUCUUCCCUCAAUAAAGAAGUUUCCACCAUUCAGAAUACCAGAGUCAUGACAUUUAAAGCCAUUGCUCAGCUAUUUAUCCUGGGCUGUUCUUGGGGCCUUGGUUUUUUUAUGGUUGAAGCAGUAGGGAAGACAGCUGGAUUAGUCAUUGCCUACAUGUUCACCAUCAUCAAUGUCCUGCAGGGAGUUUUGCUCUUCGUGGUGCACUGUCUCCUUAAUCGCCAGGUGCAAAUAGAAUACAAGAAAUGGUUUACUGCAAAGCGGAAAGGAGUUGAAGUGGAAAGCACUGAGAUGUCUCGGUCUACUACCCACACCAAAAUGGAGACUCUGGAGAAGCCAUCAGAGUUUGUACAGAAAAAAGACACCAAAGACACUGUGUCCACCCAACCAGAGCCGCCAGCUGACCUUGCUGCUGUUUCCUGGCUAAAGACAAAGGAAUGAUCUGCUGAUCGAUGGAGCCCCUUGUGGUCACAUGUGGCCUGGACACGUGCCACCACGUACAUCUCUUCCCUGUGCUGUGUUGACUCCUUCCCGUAUUUUGGUCUCUAUUGGUCUCUAGUUCCCUAGAAAGAAUGGGACACAUGGAGAAUUCUUAAAACCAGCAUCCUGUAGCAGAUCAUGAGCCAUUACCUGCUCAAGGGAUGGUUUUGUUUUUGUUGAUGUUUUGUUUUUGGUAUCUCAUUUUUUCAUUCUUGUGCAAAGUAUAAACAGUAAAACAAAACAUGCCAAUUCAACAAUUUCUACAAGCACAGUUCAGUGAUAUUGGUUACAUUCUUCAACUGUACAACCAUUGUCACCCCCCUCUACCAAACUGUUCCUCCUCAAUUAACAUAAACUCACUGCCACCUCAGCUUCCUACCUGACCUUUCCAGUUGCUGUGGUCAAUUUGAUCCCAUAGACAUAAUUCUUCCAAAGAGCACACUGUUCGAGGCAGACAUUAGUUACUAAAUAAGCUAAGUUAGUUGUUGUUUGGUUUACAGACUACUUUGGGAGAUAUUUUUGGUUUAGGGUUUAAAGAAUUCUUUCAGGAAAACAAUUUCAGGGGUUUGUCCAGCCUCAAUGGCUCCAGAAUGUCUGGAUUCCAUAAGAAUUUGAAAUUGUUCUGCAUUUUACCACUUUGAUCAGGAUUCUUCUAUAAAAUCUUUGAUCAAAAUGUUCGAUUACAGUAGCCGAGCACCAUCCACUUUCUUCUGGUCUCAUGGCAAAGGAGGUAGUUGUUGAUGGAGGCAAUUAGUCACACAUGCCAUUUCUUCCGUCUCUUCCUGACUCUUCUUUCUCAGCUGCUUCAGGUGAAUAGAGACCAAUAGUUGUGUCUUGGAUGGCUUGCAAGCUUUUAAGACCCCAGGCACUAUGCAAGGAGCCAGGAGGUAGAACAGAAGCACUAAAAAUGACACUAGGUCAAUUACCUAGGAUGUCUCAAGGGGUGCUUUUGAAUAAUGUGGGAAAUGGGGUUGAGUUUCUGACCCCUUGGCUAACACCUGGGUUUAGUUCACAGCACCCUCUCUUGCCUCCGCCUCUCCCCAUUCCUCUCCCCGACUUGUAUGGUGUUGCAUUUUAUGCCCCCAAAGACCUUUCAUAACUCAACGUUUGCCUAACUCAGUAUUCUCCAUAUGGACAAAUAUUAAAAGGGACGGUUGUAUUCUUGGAACGCGAAAAUACACCAUCACUCAUGCUUAGGGACACAUCGUGGAUGGGAGGGUGCUUGUAGCCAGGCGACCAGCACUGUUCCCUUUUUUUUUGCCCGAUGACAUGUUCAAACCUAAAUGUAAGCCUAGGUUAAAGAUAGUUUUCUUUUCUUGAGUAUUUCCAGCAGAUGCUCCAAACAACAUGGCGUAUCACAGUGGUGGUUUGGCCUUAUUUGUUUUAUCACUUUCAAUUUCUUGUCCAAAGUUACCGAUUUUUCGGUGUGUUUCUCAGCACUGCAGUUAACAAAUGCAUGAUGACUUGGUUACCAAAAGAUUUUUUUUUUAUAUUUAAAAUUCUAAUAACAGUAAAUGUUAAAGCUGAAGUCCCUGGAUGGUGCAAAUGGUGAACAGGCUCAGUUACUAACCAAAAGGUUGGAGGCUCCAGUCCACCCAGAGGAGCCUUGGAAGAAAGGCCUGGCAAUCUUCUUCUGAAAAUUCAGCCUAUAGAGGACAGUUCUGCUCUGACACACGUGGGGUCGCCAUGAGUCAGAAUCGACGCAGUGGCAACUGGACUGGGAAUCUAAUAUCAGAAUAAGCAGAGAAGACUUCCUCAAAGAAACAGAAUAGGAUACCAUAGAAGAUACAGAUCUUGGGGUCAGCAUAUUGGAAUAUCCAGUCCCACAGCUACAGAACUUGUGCUGUGUGACUUUGAGCUAGUGGCUUCACAUCUCUGAGCUUCAGUUUCCUGAUCUACUAAAUAAAGCUAAUAACUUAAUGGGCGAUCUCCAUUAGUCUUCAGGAGCCACACUUCCCCCUUCUCCACCCUGAACUGUGCCCCAGAAAGCUGGUCUGGAUGCACCAGAACUCCAGAAGGUGUUUGAAUGGGCAUGGUCAAUGGAGUGUGCUGGCAAGAGAUUGGAAGAAGGAAGGAAAGUGAAGUGGGGAUAUUUCUUUCCCCAGCUCCCUCCUCAUGAGCCCAUGGGUUGGUUGUUUUUCUCCACCCAAAGGCUCCUACAGUUUUCUCCAGGUCUUUGGUAACCUCGGAAGUCCUGGUGGCAUAGUGGUUAAGUGCUAUGGCUGUGAACCAAAGGGUCGGCAGUUUGAAUCUGUCAGGCGCUCCUUGGAAACUCUAUGGGGCGGUUCUACUCUGUCCUUUAGGGUCGCUAUGAGUCAGAAUCGACUCGACGGCACUGGGUUUGGAUUCUUUGGUUUUGGUAACCUGUGUCUCCCUUUGCCUCUCACAGGCCUGGAGGUUGUUAUCAGCUCUCCACAUUACUACCCCUCGGGUGCUCCAUUAUCCCUUGUUAUUUUGCCCUAAACUUGCCUCCACCUUUGUAAUAAAUACUUCAAGAAACUCACCUCAUUCCCCCAUUGGAGUGUGCUUCUGUUUCCUGGCAGGACUCUGAUACAAUAACUGUAACUACCCCGUAGAGACAUAGCUCUGGUGGCACAACGGUUAAGCACUCAGCUGGAAACUGAAGGGUCACUGAUUGGAACACCCCCUCCGCCAAUGAUUCCAGGGGAGAAAGACCUGACAAUCUGCUCCCGUAAAGAUCAAAGUCUGGAAAAUCCUAGGGGGCACUUCUACUGUGUCACACAGGGUCACUAUGAGUUGGAACCCACUCGACAGCACACAACAACACCGCACAGAGUUAAUUAUGCAGAUUCAGUGAUAGGAUGCAUGUGAGUGAUUGGCCUGGUCCCCGGCACAUAAUAAACACUCAGAACUCUCAUCUGUUGGUUUGUUUCUGUGAUGGUUGACAUGUUGCUGUGCCGCUGGAAGCUACGUCACCGAUAUUUCCAAUACCAGCAGGGUCACCCAUGGUGGACAGGUUUCAGCAGAGCUUCCAGACUAAGGCAGACUAGGAAAAAAUGCCUGGUGACAUCCUUCCAAAAAUCAGCCAGUGAAAGCUCUAUGGAUCACAACAGAACGUUGUCCAAUAUGGAUCACAACAGAACGAUGUCCAAUAUUGUGCCAGAAAACGAGGCUCCCAGGUUGGAAGGUCGCAACAAUGGACUCAAACAAACCAAUGAUCAUGGAGAUGGCUCGGGCUCAGACAACGUUGUGUUCUGUUUUACUGGCAACAACAAAUAUAAAU